AUGUGUCUAGCGGUGGGAAAACCGGAGCCAACCGUGACAUGGAGGCAGCUCAGAGACGGAUUUUCCAGCGAAGGCGAGCUGCUGGAGAUCACCGAGAUCAACCGGCAACAAGCAGGGGAGUACGAGUGCAUCACAUCGAAUGGAGUCGCCAUCCCUGACAGCAAGAAGGUGCUCAUAACAGUCAACUAUCCUCCAUUCAUCACUGACGUGAAGAACGCCCAAUCACAGGUCGGCAAAUCAGCGAUACUGCGCUGUCAGGCUAUGGCGGAGCCCCCCGCCGAGUUUGAGUGGUUGAAGGAUGACAAGAGACUGACCGUGGGGAUGGAAGGGUUGAAGAUCCAGAACGAGAGGACUUGGUCCGUGCUUCUCUUUUCAAAUGUCACCUCAAGGCAUUAUGGGAAUUACACCUGCCUGGUGUCCAACAAGCUCGGAACGUAUAAUAGCAGCGUCCGGCUACUUAGUAAGUAA